UGUCUCAGUUCAGGCCGACCAGCGCCGCGCUACCAAGUCGUUUCUGACCGGCGGGGUGGUCGAACGGCGUGGAGUGCUGUCGUCGAGGUGGCAGGCAUCACAUAUCGCGCACAGUUUUGGUACGACGGACAGUAUGUUAACAACGCCAAGGAGGACGCCGCCGAGAAGGCGCUACAAGCGCACGCGAUCUACCAAAGUCGAGCCAUGGAUCAAGUACGACAAUAG